AUGAAGAAGGGGGGCUCCACUGACAAGCGCUACUUACGGAGGUCAUUCAACAGGUCCUACUAUUACAAAAAGGGGGAAAAGGCCGAGGAGGCAAGCAGCGGCAGUAAAAAAGUUAACGGCGUCGCUAGUGCGAACGGAAAGGGGAAGGACGUGGAUGUGCAAAGCGAAGGAGACCCAUGGGACAGGGAGCAGGAAGAAGCAGAUCUGGACGACGAGGAGUUAUUUUACACCGUAUUAGAAGGAGAAGCGAAAAAUAGAAAAGUCGGAAAGAUGACACUGAGCGGGAAGGAGAAGGAGUUGCUUCCCCAAAACGGGGAAGAGUGUAACAAGGGGGACAACCAGGACAAGAACAACAUUCUGUGCCCGCUGUGCGUAGAGGUGCUGGACGAAACGGACAGGAACUUUUUCCCCUGUGACUGCGGCUACCAGAUAUGUCUCUGGUGCUUGUAUUAUAUACGAGACCACAUGUGUAAUAAGUGCCCCGCGUGUAGGAGAAGUUACGACGAGAAGAAUUUCAUAUAUAAUAGGGAGACCCACGAGAAGUUGGUGAAAAAGCAAAAAAAUAAUCACAAGGGGAGUAAGACAGACGCAAAUAACAGUAACAAUAAUAACAGCACGAAUGCUCCAAACGGAGUUAGCGGCUCUUCCGGGGCUGGCCCAACAACAGGAGCUAGCAUUUCCCAAAGUGGUACAAACAACACCCUUCUUCACCAUCACAGUGGAAGCAGCACUGCCAUUUUUAACAAACCAGAUCUGUACAAAAAUCCAAACAUAUAUAAUAUCCACGAGUAUGAAAAUAUUUUUGAAAUAAUAAAAGGCAUUAGAGUUGUUCAACGCAACCUCGUCUUUGUCAUAGGUAUUACAGCCAAUUAUGCAAAAAAAAAUAUAUUAAAAAAAAACGAAUACUUUGGAAAAUAUGGACAAAUUUUAAAUAUUAUUGUGAAUAAAUCCCAGGCUUAUAAUCCGCAUUAUAAUGGCCCUUCCUUCAGUGCAUACAUAACGUAUAGUAACGAGAAGGAAGCCGUUAAUGCAAUUUAUUUUAUUGAUGGUAUGGUGCUGGACAACAAAACGUUGAAGGCAUCGUUCGGGACCACGAAGUACUGUGCUUCUUACCUGAAGAAUAGCGUUUGUACCAAUGAGGACUGCUUCUAUCUACACGAACUGGGAAAUGUUAUCGAUAGCUUUUCCAAGGAUGAUAUCCAUGGGCCUAAACACAUUUACCAUGACUUACUAUAUUAUUACUUUAAAAAACACCCAGACAAGAGAAGUGAGCAGAGUAACAACUGCCAUGACUCUUCCGGCAGUGUGGUGAUAAAGUCGGCCAGAAAGUCGGAAGAGGCAAAUAUAGGUGGAGUGGCAACAUCUGGGGGAGGGGUUACCGGAAGUGCUCCCCCGGCAAUGCUCUCCUUUGCUGCGGCUAUGUCCAUGAAUGAGAAGGAUUUAGUCGACGCGAAGAAAAAGAGUGACACGCUGGAGGAGGCCACUCCCUGGAAGAAGCAACACUCCUCAGCCGCAUCGGUGCUCUCCGAUGGGAAGGCAAAAAGUUUGGAGAUAAUCAGCAAAGGGGUAGAAAAAUGCGUGGAGGAACUGAAAAAAGACACCAAGAUGAAAGAUGGCCUGACCAGCAAGGGGUCCAAGGACAACUACGCCGGUGAGGAGAAAAGCAAAUGGAGCUCCGAAGGCAAUUUUGCCAACCUGAUAAAGAAUGCUGGUGUGGCAAACACAUCCAUGCAGGAAGUGGAAGAAGAAAAAAACAAUGCGCAAACCAAGAGCAAGAAGAAGAAGAAAAAACAAAAGAGUGAGGAAAACAUCCCAGCCACCAAUCAAGGCAAGGAAGACCAAGGCGCGACUGUCGCGCAGAAGGAGAAGAAUUAUAAAGACUCCCUCCAGAAUAACAACGCAUCUAAGAAUGACAACGGCAGUAAGAACAACAGCCUCGAGGUGGAGGAAGACCCCUACUACGUCGACGGCAUGUCGGAAAAUUACCCUCUCAUAACGGAUGUCCACUUCGAUAAAGACAAGAAGAAGAAGAUGAAAAAGAAGGCAGAAAAGAAAAAGGCCAACGAGAAGAAGAAGGCGGAAGAGGUCAAGAUGCUAGAAGCGAAGGAAGGCGAGGCAAAGGUGGAAGAAGCAACCAAGGUGGUAGAAGAGAAGAUGGGAAAGGCCAAAACUGGUGGAACCAAAACGGGAAAGACCCCAACGGAAGAAACCCCUGCGGAAGAUCGCAAGGCUAAUGGCAAGGGCGGCCAAUCAGCUGCGGAUGCUGCGCAGAAGGAGGAACCCUCCCAGGUGGACUUCCCGCCCCUGAGGGAAGACGACAAGGAUGCGAAGAAACAAAAGAAGAAGCAACCCAACAGUGGUAACAGUGCCGUCAACGAUACCAACGUGAUCAGCAGUGUGGAGGGUAAGCCAGCUCAAGUGGAAGACCCGCCGGCCGACUCCCUUAAGGAGAAAAAGCAAAUCGCCGAGCAGCCACAGGAGGAGAAGAAAAACAAGUAUGCCAAAAUUGCCCUUAAAAUUGGAAGCUUCUUUAAUUAUGCGUUUGAUGGAGGUAGAAAAACGGGUGGUGACGAGGCAAAGGGGAAGACGUCUCCCAGCGUGAGUCAGAAGGCAAACAAGAAGGUGCCUACCACUGUUGAUGCUCCCUCUGUGGUGGCAGCAGCGGAGGAUGUGCAGGUAGGAAGUGCAGCCCAGCUGAAGGAAGACCCCAGCGCAGAAGGGGGAACAUUAUCGAAGCAGAAGAAGGAAGAAACAAACGUGAAGGAGGAUAAAAUGAAAGAGAAGGGAGAGAGGAAGAAGAAUGAUCAAUCCUCUCUAAAGAAGGAUAUAGAAAAGGUAAAAACUGAUGUAGGUGUUGGUGCAAAGGAGAAGAAGGAAAUAGUGGAAGAAGGGACCAAGAAGGAGAGGGGUGGUGGAUUCACCUGCCAAGCUGAUAAGGAGGACACACCCAUUGGCGGAGGCGAAAUUUUAGAUGACGCCGCAGCAACUGCUAUCGCUGCUCCAAGUGAAACGGUGAGCCCCCCUCGCACACGAGAAAAGCGAGACAAAAAAGGCGCACAAGAUAACAACACAACUCAGGAAGAACAAAUGAAGAAGCACGCCCAGGUAAUUUUUAGCAUUCAAAACAGCAACCCAGAUGUGCCCCUCCAAGCAAUAAUUGAAGAUUAUAUCGAAAGGAGAAGAGCCGCCACGAAGGAGAUUCUCCAUUUCGAUGACCUGCACAAUGCGAUGAAUAGCUUUAUCGACGAGAAUGCAGCGAAAGGGGAAAGGAGUAACCAACGUACAGGCGGUAGUACUGCCCACGCGUCGAAUGUGAACAUACAGGAGCAUCUGCGUAAUGGUGAAGAAGAUGAUAGGCAGGGUGACUAUGCACGAACGAAUGAUGCAGAGAAAGUACGGGCUGCCAAACCAGAGGGGGAAAGACAAUCAGUCGAAAAGACACAUAAAGGGGUAGACGCGAAGAGCCACCUACCAUGUGCGAAGGAGAAGAAGAAAAAAGAUACCCUCAACAAGAGAAAGCUGCACCAGAAAGAAAUGGAAGGAGAUAUUACGAGCAUUAUUAGAGAAAUGAUGAUGCAGAGGAUGACGUCGAAAAGCAGAAGAAACAAAAAUGGUUCUGUUCGCGAAACGAGUGGGAAGAGUGAGAUGGGGCAAACGGAUCACCGCAUCAGUUCAGGAGAAGACCCCACGGAGAAAAAUGCCCUUUUCGACGACAUGGAAAUAUUUUUAAAAAAUCUAUGUGUGGCUAAGGGGAAGGCAAUUCAAAGUAGUCUUCAAAGCAGCAUUGGAAGUAGCAUUGGAAGCAACCUUGAAAGCAGUUACGCAGAUAGCGACGCGGUGUAUUUCAUAGAAGGAAAUGGCAGGCGAAAAAAUGACUACCUCAUGUAUACAAGUGAUGAGCACAUUUCCCUGAAAUCACACAAAGGAGUUAUGGAGUUCAUCAUUAAAAAGGACCAAAACAUAGACGUAAAAAAAAACAAAAAAAAUUAUCUCCACGAAGAUACAUUUGAUAUUUAUAAAGAAUUAAUUUUGUCGAAAAAUUCAGACCUCCAAACUGCCAACGAUAUUUUGUUUGAAAAAAUAUUUAAUGAGGAAAUUGAUUUCGUUCAACAGUUAUGCAAAGAAAAUUGCCUGAACGGGUCAGGUAAAAUAUGCUCAUCCAGCUACACAAUGGAAAAGACUUAUUAUGACCAGGGCGUUAAUUUAAAGAAGAAAUGCAAAAAGAAAAUGCAGACUAGCUUUCCCAACUUGUGGGUUAAUUUUAACCAGUCCCUGCACACGCAGGAGAUGUCUGAGAAGGUUAACCUGAGCGCCUAA